UUUCAAGAUUUUCGCUGAAUGGAAGAGUCUGCGGGUAAAUCAGAGGAACCUCUUUACUUACUCGUCGAUGGUAUCCGAUACGAAGAGAAUCCACAGAGUGCGCGAAACAGCCUUGGGGUGCUUGUUUGUUACCCUUUGAUGUCUGUCAUGUUGGUCACUGCAAGAAAUGCCUCAUCAUACAGCACAGCUCUGUGGGAAUCAUUGAUUGCAAUAACAAUGGCUUGUAAACAAGUACUGAUUGAAGUCUGUAGAGAUUGUUGAAGAAACCUUUCAACUCCAGAACUUUAUUUUAAGAUCUUGACAUUUGAUCAGAUGUUCUGAAAUUGCCACUAAUACAUGUUUCAUGGUCGGAAUUGUCACUAAAAAUUAUUGUACACAGUAGGACACUUUUUAUGGAGAGUUAAUGGUUACAGGAUGGCCCUUUGUGAUAUUCAGACUGUGAAACCAAAACAUGGAAGACUUAUUUACAUUGCAUUUAUUUUGUUUGGCGUCUUAAUAUCAAUGUUGACAUUUUUACCUACCCUCCGAAGGUUCUUUGUGGUGCAUUCACACUACUGUAGCAGGAAUACAAGCCAAGGAAAAUGUGAUAUUCUGGUUGGACACAUUCUGCUUUACAGAAUUUAUAUCGGAAUGAUAUUGUUCUUUCUUAUUCUGGCCAUAAUUGACUGCCAGCUCACAGUGUUUACAACUUUCAGCCUCUGGCUUGAGAAUGGCUUCUGGUUUAUCAAGUUCCACCUGUUUUGUUUGAGCAUCCUGUUGUCACUGCUCAUUCCUGAAGGACAUCUAAGCAAUGCCCUAAUGCAUCUGGGUUGGAUUGGAAGUUUUAUUGUCAUGGUUAUUCAGCUUGUUUUAAUCAUCGAUCUGGCAAAAACUUUAAAUGCUUAUUGGGUGGAGAGAAUGGAACUGUCGACGAGGCCAAAUGCGUGGUAUUUCUCCAUGCUUCUUUUAACAUCUCUGCUCUACACAUUGUCAGUGGUGCUUGUUGUUUAUUUUUAUGCAACGUAUACUUUUUCAAAAGACUGCCACACAAACUUAAUUUUUAUCACAGCAAUUGUUCUGUUGUGUGUUGUAGCCUCACUCCUCUCCAUUCAUCCCAAAGUCAGAGAAACUGGACUACUGCAGGCUGGGAUUGUCACAUCAUAUUCUGUUUAUUUUGCAUGGACGUGCAUGUUACAUUAUCCAUAUUCUGCCUGCAAUCCAACAUGGAACUUAUUAGCAGUGACAGAAUUUAAUUUUCACUUGCAAUUCAACAUGAUCUUUGAUCUCUUUGUGACAUUUGCAUUGCUGGUGUAUGGUGUUGUUCGAGUGCCAUCAGUGCAACAUCUCUUAGCCAGUAUAAGUCUUGUGGACUGUUGUAUGUUUCAGUCGCAAGAGGAGAACAACCAUGAAAGUCCUGCUGAAGAUAAUGAAAGGCCACUGGUGGUCUCGACCUUUUUAAUUUUUUAUCUCUUUCUUAUUCUGAUAUGUCUUCACCUUUUAAUGACAAUAAGCAACUUUUACACCCCUGAGGGUAUUGUAGGUACUGAAGAUGAAGUAGUCGAAUCUGAAUAUAAACUUAUAGACAUGGAUGAUUAUGUGAAGUCGUUAAGUCAGUGGGUUGCAUCUUGCCUCAGGAUGAUUGUCUGUGUUGUGUUUCUUGUCAUGUAUAUGUGGACAAUUCUUGCCCCUGUCAUUUUACCGCAUUAAAAAAAAUGAUAAUUCAGACAUAUGCCAUAAUGGAAAACAAUGCUCGAUAGGACGUUAUGAAAUAUCUAGGAUUCUCAUGCAUAUCUGGUAGCAUGUAAGGGCGGUCAAAGUGCGAGACUUGAAAUCCAGAAGAUACAGAUUGAAGUCCCAUUCUGACUGCUCGCUGGAGUUCUUUCAUAGUAGACCUGAAUUCAACUCAUGUUUGUAAAUGGUCAACUUGUUUGCCUCAAAAUUGUUUUUAAUUUUCCUUGC